AUGUGCACCUCUCAAAAUGAUGACGUCUACAUGACUCGACAUUCCGCUCGAGCUGACAGAGACCAUCGCAAUUGGAAACCUUUGUCUGGACACUCGAGAGAUGAUACCGAGUGUUCCGACGGUGGCAAUCGUGCGACCCAACAACUUGCGGAUGCGAUGCAAGACAUCCACAUUGAUCACAUUGUGUGUUCUCCUUUCUACCGUUGCCUACAAACGGUUGCUCCCAUGGCUAGGCGGAAAGAGAUCCAAAUCAAAGUGGAACCUGGAAUUUGUGAAGUGCUGACCAUGUUUCCGCCAGGAUUCAAAGAUGCAGAAGAACUAGCAUCAGAGUUUCCAAUUGACCUUGACUAUCCACCAGUCAUGACGCGCAACGAGUUAAGUUACGAAGCGGGUGAUUCUGUUGCAGCCCGUAGAGCUGGAGGGACCGCUUCGACGCUCCGAAAACAUCUAAUAGGUUCAAUUCUGUUCUGUGGACAUGGAGCCUCUUGUUUGGGUAUCGGACAGGCCUUUGGAGGAUCUGGAUACGUUGGCUAUUCCAGUGUGAGCCAUUUUACACACGAUGGCAGUCGUUGGACUAUCGUAAAGUUGGGCGACGUUUCACAUCUUUCCAAAGAUUUACAAGACCAAUCAUUGUCGAGUGCAUAUUGA